UGUUGAAGCAGGGCAGGCCCAGGUACACGCUGCUAGCCAGCACGCACAGCCUGCCUGUCAUCUGCGGCCAACUACAGCCAACAAAGCCACCGAGAUCCCAUUUGUGAGAAGACCGUGCCGCUCUGCGAUCUGCCGGUCCCAGAGGUCACGGUGCCGCUGGAGAGAAAGGAAAGCUCUCUCCCAUCAGCAGCUCCCCGAGCCGGGUUGUCACACGUGCACAUGCACGGGGAGGUCACGCUCCAGCUCGAGGUGCGUGGAGAAGAGGUGUCGUCGGUGCCGGCGGAGACGGUACGGCGAUGCUGGAGGGAACUACGGUGCUGUUCCCCCGCUGGGACGCAGCCGGCAACGUGCGCGAAGGGGCAGCUGCCGGAAGUCCCGACCCUCCGCGAUCGCCGUGUCCGCCACGACCCCAAACGACCUGGGGACGAGCAGAGGCCGCGUUUCCCUGACGUGCAGCCGUUCCUCGGAACAGCUCUGCACCCAAAGCGUCUGCAUCUGCGCGGCUCUGUGUGGCAGCUCCUCACGCAGCCCUCAGCUCCAACCGUGCGAGGCUUUGCCAUGGCUGUAGUUGGCACUGGCGGGCCCGCGCCUCGAGUGCUGUGCUCAGUGUUGGGCCUCUCACUACAAGAAGUACGUUGGGGCCCUGGAUUGUGUCCAGAGAAGGGCAGUGGAGUUGUGAAGGAUCAGAGAACACAUUUGAGGGAACUGGGAUUGUUCAGCCUAGAGAAGAGGAGGCUCGAGGGAGACCUUAUCACUGUCCUGCUCCCUAAAAGGAGGCUGUGGCAAGGUGGAGGUUGGCCUCUCCUCCUGAGUAACAGCAAUAGGCAUUAAGAUAUGCUAGGGAAGUUCAGGUUGGAUGUUAGGAAACAUUUCUUCUCAGAAAGAGUGGUGGUGCAGUGGCACAGGCUGCCCAGGGAAGUGGUGGAGUCACCAUCCCCGGAGGUGUUCAAGAACUGUGGAGAUGUGGCACUGAGGGAUGUGAUGGGGAUGGUCUGGUGGUUUGUCUGUGAUCGCAGAGGUCUUUUACAACUUUAGCAGUCCUAUGAUUGCCCCAGCCUGCAUGCCCACUGGGACCCAGCCAGCAGUGUGCAUGGGACAGCAGCCAUGGGAUGCCUUGGUAUCCAGACAGAAGUCCAAAACCAGCAGGCUGUCAUCUCUGUGAUCACAGUGCUCUCCCUGACUCCAAACAACGUGGGGAACUGCGGGAGACCAGAUUUCUUCAGGUUGCUUGGAACAGCUCUGCAUCUGAAGCAUCCACAUCUCCACAACUUUGUGUCCUGGUUCCUCAUGAGGCCUUCAGCUUCUUUCUCUUCUGGAGCUUACAAACACUCCCGUGUUUCUCUAAAUAAAGUCUUUAGCCCAACGCCACGCUUAAA